GGCAGGGCAAUCAGACAAAAUUCUGCUCCUGCUAACAAAUGUAGUAUAUAUUGUUGAAGUGGAGGUGGAGGAAGUCUCAACGUGUGGCCAUCAAAGCAACGCCUUUCUCUUCCACGCCUGCACAGCCCUUCUUAAUCUCGACUCCCUAAAUCUCUCUCAUUUUCUGCAAAAGAUAGUAAUGGAGACUGAAAAGAAGCAAACCCGGGGGGAGAUUGAAACGCCAACCAAUAUUACAAUCAAAGGCAUUCUUGGAUUGUUAAUGGCGAAUAUUGAAGGCAGUGAGGGUGAUGACAGUAAAAAGGUGAUAUCUUUGGGGAUGGGUGACCCCACUGCUUAUUCUUGCUUUCACUCUCCUGCUCUAGCUCAACAGGCUGUUUCUGACACUCUCUCUUCUUACAAGUUCAAUGGCUAUUCUCCCACUGUUGGUCUCCCUCAAACCCGAAAGGCAAUUGCAGACUAUUUGUCUCGUGACCUUCCAGAAAAGGUAUCAGCAGAUGAUGUUUAUGUAACAGCUGGCUGCACUCAAGCCAUUGAAACAGCACUGUCAAUUCUGGCUUACCCUGGAGCUAAUAUCUUGCUGCCAAGACCAGGGUUUCCAAUUUAUGCACUCUGUGCUGCUUUUAGACACCUUGAAGUUAGAUAUUAUGAUCUUCUCCCUGAGAAAGCCUGGGAGGUUGAUCUCAAUGCUGUUGAGUCUCUUGCAGAUCAGAAUACUAUUGCAGUGGUGAUUAUAAAUCCUGGGAAUCCCUGUGGGAAUGUGUAUACUUAUCAGCAUCUCAAAGAGAUUGCAGAAACUGCAAACAAGCUCAAACUCAUUGUAAUUGCAGAUGAAGUAUAUGGGCACUUAGCUUUUGGAACUAACCCUUUUGUUCCAAUGGGAGUUUUUGGAUCUAUUGCCCCUGUGCUUACUCUAGGAUCCUUGUCAAAGAGAUGGUUAGUUCCCGGAUGGCGCCUUGGUUGGCUAGUCAUAAACGAUCCUAACGGCACCAUAAAAACCCCCAAGUUUGUUGAGCGCAUUAAAAAGUACUGCGAUAUCUGUGGAGGUCCUGCCACCUUUAUCCAGGCAGCAGUCCCUCGUAUUAUUCAGCAAACCGAAGAGGUUUUCUUUAGGAAGACCAUUAACAUGUUGAAGGGGACUUCAGAUAUCUGUUGUGAAAAGAUUAAGGAGAUUCCAUGUCUCACUUGCACACAUAAACCACAAGGAUCAAUGGCUGUUAUGGUAAAGCUGAAUCUGUCCUUGCUAAGAGACAUCAGUGAUGAUAUUGACUUCUGCUUCAAGCUGGCCAAGGAGGAGUCUGUCAUAAUUCUUCCAGGAUUGGCUGUGGGUCUCAAGAAUUGGCUGCGAAUUACUUUUGCUGCAGAACCAUCUUCCCUUGAAGAAGCACUGGGAAGGGUUAAGUCUUUCUGUCAGAGGCAUUCAUAUCAAGAAAAUGGGCACUGCUAGUUGAAGCUAGAGUUGCGUAGAGUUAGCUUUUUACAGAAUAUAGAAAAUGGAGUUUGAUACAAAUAUGCAAGUAGUAGUGUCAAUGUGUCAGUUCUCAAGAACUGAUAUUGUGCAAUUACACCCACCUAAUGGCCUUAUACUCUUACUUUGAAGCAUGAAGUAGUCAAACCAUAUGUUCUGCAUUACCAUAAUAUAUGUACUGAUUAUACUUGGAAGUUGUGGUUGUAAAAGUUGAAAUACAUUCUUGCUUAUAAAUGAAAGUUACUUGUAUGUCUA